AAUUCCUUUUUUCAAACACGAUUUUAUUUGCGAAAUUAAAUAAAAAAAUAAAAAAAAAAACUGUUUUUAUUUGAAAAUGGCUUUCAUGAUUGGUAAUGGUGAGCAUUUUUCUGAAAUUGAAAAAAUUGAUUCUGAGAGAACAAGUUGGAAUUUAAAGGCAAAAAUUUUAAGGCUAUGGGAAGUUUCUGAUUUCUCUCGACCUAACAGUCCUUUUUCUUUAGAAAUGGUUUUGAUGGAUUCUGAGGGUGGAAGAAUCCAUGCAACUGUUAAGAAAACACUUAUCUAUAAAUUUAAGGAUGAUUUAAGUGAAGGAAAAGUUUAUAGUUUUGAAAAUUUGGGGGUUUCGACUAAUGGUGGAGCAUACCGUACUACUCAACAUCGCUACAAGAUGAAUUUCCAGUUUGGAUCUGUGGUUCAGAGGAUUACGAACCAUGAUGUUAAGGGAUCUCCGUUUCAUUUAGUUCUUAUUUCUGAUGUUGUGAGUGGAAGUUAUGAUACUGACUACUUAAUGGGUAUGUGUUUUGCAUUUGAGUAUUUUCUAUGUUAUUUAUUCCAAAAGUUUGUAUGUAUAUAUGAUAAAAAUAUUUUGAUGAUUUUUCAGAUGUUAUAGGGGUGUUGACUGGUGUUGGAACAGAACGUGAGGUAACAAGCCAUAAUGGAUCUACCACUAAGCUUAAUGUGAUUGCUCUAGAGGCACAA